AUGCUGCGCUCCUCGAUUGCUCCGGGUCGGCAAUUGCUGUCAAACCCUGUCCGCCAACGGAUCCCGUCGCAAUGGCUGUCUAGAGCCGGUGCAAGCAACCGGCUGGCAGGUCAGCGAUUCUUCGCCGAUAUUAAGCCCCCUACCACUGGUGGUCCGACACCAGUCUCCCCUUCCUCCGAAUCCAGUAUCCCUCCGGAGACCAUCUUGAAGGCCGCUGAACAAGAAUCUAAGCUUCCUCCUUCGCCUCCGGCACCUGCUCCUCGCAAAUCCGGUCGGUUCCGUCGGUUCUUGAUUUAUCUGAUCCUCACAUCCGGCUUUGCCUAUGGUGGCAGCAUCUUCCUGGCCCUGAAGUCCGACAACUUCCACGAUUUCUUUACUGAGUACAUUCCCUACGGUGAAGAAUGCGUUCUUUACUUUGAGGAGCGCGACUUCUACCGCCGCUUCCCCAAUGCCUUGAGACACCAAAACCUACCGACUGCACCCCGAGCAGAGGGAAAGCCCGUCACAAUUCCUAGCAAGAGCGGCAUGUCUUGGAAGCUUGCCGAAGAAGAGAAGGCCGACGCCGAUUCUAAGAAGGCAGCUCACAUGAACGCUAGUGCCCACGAGGGCCAAACUAAGUCCGUGGCCGCCAAGCCCGAGGAUCGGAACGCCGCCGUCAUGAAGGCAAAGGAAGACACGGCCUCGAAGCACAGCCCCAAGGAAACGAAGUCUGAGGCCGAGGCGAAGAGCCCCGUCUCACUGGACGAGCCCAGACAACCUGCUGUAUCUGCGAGCACCAUUGAAUUGCUCCAGUUGCAGGAUGCCGAUGACGCUGUUGUCCAGGAUCUGGUCAAGACCUUCAACGAUAUCGUCACCGUCAUCAGCGCCGAUGAAAAUUCCAGCAAGUACUCCGCGCCUGUCGCCAAGGCCAAGGGCGAGUUGGAAAAGAUUGCCGAGAAGAUCGCUGCUAUUCGUGGCGACGCUCGCAACGCCGCCCAGGAGGAGCUCAACAAGCUACAUGCCACCUUUGAUGACUCGGCACGUGAAUUGAUGCGCCAAUUUGAGGAAGUGCGCUCCACUGAUCUUGCUUCGUUCCGUGAAGAGUUCGAGGCCGAACGCGAGAAGCUAGCUUUGGCAUACCAGCAGAAGGUCCACACCGAGCUUCGCCACGCUCAGGAACUUGCUGAGCAGCGUCUUCAGAACGAGCUUGUUGAGCAGGCCAUCGAGCUGAACCGCAAGUAUGUUCACCAGGUCCAGAGUCUGGUCGAACGCGAGCGUGAGGGCCGUCUGAGCAAGUUGACUGAGCUCACAGCCGACAUUAAUGAGCUCGAGAAGCUGACUGCUGGAUGGAGUGACGUUAUCGACACCAACCUCAAGACUCAGCAGCUGCAGGUCGCCUUGGACGCCGUUCGCACCGUGGUUGAGCGUGCUGAGACCCCCCGGCCGUUUGUGCGUGAGCUUGUGGCCGUGAAAGAGCUUGCUGCGGGUGAUGCCGUCGUCGAGGCUGCCAUCGCAUCUAUUAACCCCACCGCUUACCAGCGUGGUAUCCCCUCCACUACUCAGAUCUUCGAGCGUUUCCGCCGAGUUGCAAGUGAAGUCCGCAAGGCUAGCCUGCUGCCCGAGGAUGCUGGUGUGGCAAGUCACGCUGCCAGCCUUGUCCUGAGCAAGGUCAUGUUCAAGAAGGAUGCUUUGUCCGAGGGUGAUGACGUGGAGAGCGUCCUAGUGCGCACUGAGAGCUUGUUGCAGCAGGGCGAUGUUGAUGCCGCCGCUCGGGAAAUGAACACUCUCCAGGGCUGGGCUAAGAUUCUCAGCAAGGAUUGGCUGGGUGAUGUUCGCAAGGUUCUUGAAGUCAGACAGGCUCUCGAGGUCAUCGAGGCUGAGGCCCGCCUCCAAUGCUUGCGGGUUGAGUAA